AGUAGCGAUAAGAUAUUACAUAUUACGUAAUCAUCUACUAUUUGUCAUGGCAAUUCUAAUAAAAGUUGAAAUGGAGGAUGCGGUUUCUUCCUCAUGUUCAUACAUUUAUUUGAAAAAAUGCUAUUCAAUACAACUAAUAACAGUGACAAGGACUUUAUAUUAAGUGGAAUAAUAGAGGCAUAGUAACAAAAUGUUUGAAAUAUCGAGAAAGUUUAUUGGUGUUGGACUGACUUGUUUUGGAAUUCUUUGUAUAUUACAAGCAACAUCAGAUUUUAAUAUAAAACAUUUAUCAGUAGGAAACGUACUUUUUAUAAGUGGUUUAGCAUGUGUUAUUGGAUUAGGGAGGACAUUGGGAUUUUUCUUUCAAAGCCAGAAUGUAAAAGCAUCACUUUCAUUUUUUGCUGGCAUAAUUGUAGUUCUAGCAGGUUGGCCUUCUGUAGGAAUGCUUUUUGAAACGUAUGGGUUUAUUUUAUUAUUUAGUGAAUUCUUCCCUGUGCUGGUUGCAAUAAGUAUAUUAACAGAUGGAGGCACAACUGAGGGAAUAUUCCCCUUGUAUUUAAUAUUAGUAUGUUUUAUAUGUGUGUUUCUUUGCAAGAAUCAGACAAAGAAACAAACUUUAUCUCAGCAGGGGCGGUUUAAGGUUCCCAACCGACAUAAAAAGAAAAACCGUUUAACAAACGUAUUUUAUUACGGUCUUGUUUUAUUAUUUGCAUUGAUUUUUUAUAAACUUGAACUUUAUUACUUAGUUUACUUACUACUUACUUACUUACUUUUCAAGUUGAUCUUUUGAAUUGUAGUUAUUUUAAUGAGGCUCAGAC